GGAUACGUGUUUACCCAUAAAGACUACCGAGGGAAAGGGUUGGCUGAAAGGUGUAUCUCCCUGGCUAUUGAGUAUACUGAACGGGAAAUAGUCAAACUGUAUGUUGCUGGAAAUGGUACUACUAUUCCUGAUAGCAUGAAUGUUGACAGCUUCAAGAAUAUGGUUCUUGAUAGUGACGGCAACGUUGAUUAUGAAUUGGCAAAUUAUUACUUGGGUAAACAAUAUUUUUGGAUGUUGUAUUCUGGUGUCAAUACCUACUACCAAAGAUUUGGAUUUAAAGGGUAUCCAUUGGAUUUUUAUAAAAUUCCCACCUCAUUGCUAACUAAAGCACAAGAAAAAGUGAUUGUUGAGCUUAUAAAAGGAAGUACCAGUGAUGAAUCAGAAAAGUUGAUGGGUAAGAGUCUCAAAUUAUUGAGGGCCGACAACCAAUCUGAUCAAGAUAUCAUAAAGUUCAUAUUGCAAACCAAAGAAUUGCAAAUGAUUACGGAAUUGAAUAAAUUGACUUUCCACCUGAAACUUCAACAUAGUCAAAAAUCGUCUUCGUCUUUACUUAACAUGAAGGAUGCAUUGUCCAUGACUCCUAAACCAGACUCUGGGUCCCUGGAAGAAUUUGUGUUGGGCCAUGCAAACUCAUAUCCCCUGCCAACUAUGACUCCACCAUCAGUGCAAAACAAUCAAACCAUUCCAAAAAUUGCAAUUAAACCAUCUUAUGAAACGUUUCAAUGGAAUGUACGCGUUGAACAAUGUGAUGCCCAACCCAAAUACAACCCGGAUAAUCCCCACUCUGUGGAUUUUACCAAUAUCCAAGGUGCGAUAAUCACCAACGAAUUACAACAAAGAUCAUACUACAUUCUUUGGAAUACGCUUAUGCAUGCGCAAUUUUUUAUUUUAGGCAUGGGGGAAAUCAAGUUUGAUACGGGACAUCCAAGAAGGAGAGGGUCUUCACUUGCUUCAUUAUCGGCACUUAACGAGUUGGGUGGAUACAAUUUCCAAGACCUUGAUAUCUUGUUCAGUACCGCCAUGUAUGUUGCCAAACAGAGAGAUCACAAACUCGAACAUAUUCUGGUAUCGGUGAAUGACGUGCCAGACGAGAUUCCCGAUGCUGUCAUGUAUGAUUUUUUUAUGAAUUAUCUCCCAAUGACAACAUCUUUUGAAUCACAGGAAGUGAAUCAACUGGUACAAACAAAGGACCGAGGUAAAGUUGAACUAAUCAAGAAUGCUGCAAAACAGAUGGAAUUUUUGCCAAUGUUGAAGAAAUUUGGUACUAAAAACCAUGAAUUUGAUUUGGAUUGGAUAUACAGUGGUAUGUUGUCAUGGGGUUAA